AUGGCGGUUCCCCACUACGCCUACCUGAAGAUGAAGAUGCCGGGUCCCAAGGGCCUCAUCACCGUCGUCGACAACUAUAUGAAAUCCCUAGAGUGCGCCAAAGCCGGCUCCAAGCUGGCCGAGUCGCUGGUCAUUACCGAGGAGAGGCGCCAGCUCGACCGGAUUGUUGCGCUGGCUGGCGAACAGCCGGCCGUGCCGGUUCCGCUCAAGCAGUCGCCCAACAAGGCCUCUUUCCGGCCGUCCAAGGACACAAAGAAGGUGGCGCUCAACCCGGCCGACCCCAGCUCCGGCCAGUUUGUUGUCGUGGGCACCCGCCUCGACGGCAAAUAG